GCCCACCCCCACCUUUCCCCUCCCCUCUGGAGAGGAGCGGAAGUGCCUGCCGGAGUUGGCGCUCGGUGGCUUCGCGCGUCGUUCGGUUGCCGCCGCCUCAGCUCGUGAGGAAAGUUGGACUCGGGCUCGUUCCUCGCGGUCGGCGCAGGCGGUGCCUCUCGGAUGCGGCGGAAGCAAAAGCGGCUGCUGCAGGUGGUGGGGUUGGCGCUGGCCGCCCUUGUCUUUCUCCCCAACGUGGGGCUCUGGUCCCUUUACCGGGAGCGGCAGCUGGACAGCGGGAGUGAGAGAGAAGGCGGCGGAACAGGAGGUGGCGGCGGCGGCGGCGGCGCGGGGGGAGCCCGCGGAAUGGCGGCGGCAGCAGUAGCUGCUGUGGUGGCAGCACCGCCGGGAGUAGUGGCAGCAGCCCGUGGGGAGGCGCAGGGUUCUCAUACAAGGAAAAAAGAAGAUAUCCACUUUGAUAAUGGGCACAGGAGAAAGGACUGGCAUGAUAGAGAUGCUAUAAGGAGAGAUUUGGAACGUACAGGAAAUGGUGAGCAAGGAAAACCAUAUCCCAUGAGUGAUGCUGAGCGAGUAGACCAGGCAUACAGAGAGAAUGGCUUUAAUAUCUUUGUGAGUGAUAAAAUUUCUCUCAAUCGGUCCCUGCCAGAUAUAAGACACCCAAACUGCAAUAACAAACUGUACCUCGAAAAACUCCCCAACACCAGUGUGAUAAUUCCAUUCCACAAUGAGGGGUGGUCAUCACUUCUUCGAACAGUGCACAGUGUUCUGAAUCGCUCUCCUCCUGAACUGAUAGCUGAAAUUGUGCUGGUGGAUGAUUUCAGCGACAGAGAACACCUAAAAAAGCGUUUGGAGGACUAUAUGGCACAGGUUCCCAAAGUGAGGAUUCUCCGAACCAAGAAAAGAGAAGGACUGAUAAGAACCCGGAUGCUCGGGGCUUCUGUAGCAGUAGGAGAUGUUAUCACCUUCUUGGAUUCUCAUUGUGAGGCCAAUGUAAACUGGUUGCCACCUCUAUUAGACCGCAUUGCUCGAAACCGCAAGACUAUUGUUUGUCCAAUGAUUGAUGUGAUAGACCAUGACCACUUUGGCUAUGAAACACAAGCUGGGGAUGCAAUGAGAGGAGCAUUUGACUGGGAGAUGUAUUACAAACGGAUUCCAAUUCCUCCUGAAUUACAGAAACCUGACCCCAGUGACCCUUUUGAGUCUCCUGUAAUGGCUGGAGGACUGUUUGCAGUGGAUAGAAACUGGUUCUGGGAGCUGGGAGGAUAUGAUGCAGGCCUGGAGAUAUGGGGAGGAGAACAGUAUGAAAUAUCAUUUAAGGUUUGGAUGUGUGGGGGUCGCAUGGAAGAUAUUCCUUGUUCCCGAGUAGGCCAUAUCUACAGAAAAUAUGUCCCUUAUAAGGUGCCAACAGGAGUCAGCCUGGCAAGGAACCUGAAACGUGUAGCUGAGGUGUGGAUGGAUGAAUAUGCAGAAUACAUUUACCAGAGAAGACCUGAAUAUCGGCAUCUCUCUGCAGGGGAUGUGACUGCUCAAAAAGAACUUCGUAAUAAUCUCAACUGCAAAAGUUUCAAAUGGUUCAUGAGUGAAGUUGCUUGGGAUUUGCCAAAGUUCUACCCACCAGUGGAGCCUCCAGCAGCAGCCUGGGGAGAGAUCCGUAAUGAAGGGACCGGUCUCUGUACAGAUACCAAACAUGGAGCCGUGGGUUCACCACUUAGAAUUGAAACUUGUGUGAAAGGCAGAGGAGAAGCCGCAUGGAACAAUGUACAGGUUUUCACAUUCAGCUGGCGAGAAGACAUUCGUCCAGGAGAUCCCCAACACACAAAGAAAUUCUGUUUUGAUGCAAUUUCCCACAAUAGCCCAGUGACCCUCUAUGACUGCCAUGGAAUGAAAGGGAAUCAACUCUGGAAAUACAGAAAAGACAAGACCCUUUACCACCCAGUAAGUGGCAGCUGCAUGGACUGUAGUGAAAGUGACCGAAAAAUAUUCAUGAACACAUGCAAUCCUUCAUCUCCAACACAGCAGUGGAUAUUUGAACACACAAACUCAACAGUCUUGGAAAACUUUAACAAAAACCUUGAUCUUUAAAGACUGUAUAUAUGUGUAUAUUAUAUAUAUAUAUAUAUAUCAGCUAUAGUUUUUACAGGGGAACUGACAGAUUUUUUUAAAAAAAUAAUUUAAAAAAAUUAAGGUAAAAAGGAGAAACUCAGGAGAGGAUGUGACUAUUGAGCCAGUCUUUACUUUAAUGAUGCUGCACCUUUAUGUUUUGGAUUACUGAAUCCCUUAAGCAAGAAGUCUAGGAAUCUGAGGUACCAUAAUCACACAAGAUCUUUAAUUCAGAACCUAUAGGAAUGGAUACAUAGAUUCACACUCGACUCUGCUUCAAGUUAGUAUUGUUCAAUUGGGAGAUGUAAAGUUGUUGUAUGACUUCUGCAGUACACAGUCUUAAAGCCAAGCUCAAGGUUCCAGACCACAGCCAAAGGUAAGUGUUAUGACAAUUGCAUCUCUCCAGUACAAAUGCUUAAUGAAGGCAGCAUUGGCACUGGGUCAUCUCAGUUUCUUAUCUAAAUGUUGUGCAGCAGGCAGCAGCGGUGGAAGGUGUGUGAUCACAGUUUUGUUUUUUUUUCUCUCUCUGACUACUAAUGAUCAAGACAGGUAAUCUCAACGUGGAGUUCCUUGUCUCCUUGCAUUGUACAUGCUCCCGUCUAAUGUUUUAUCUUUACUCUUUCCCACCAGCCACUGAAUACAUUUGAAAUUUAUAACUCCUACCCUUGCAAUGUGAAUAACAUACAUAAAAUUUAAUAUUUAUGUUAAUUUAUGUAAUUUGAAUUUGUGUAUUCCAAACUCAGAAUGUGAUAAUGAAUUAAUCUUUACCAGUACAAGCAAUAUCUAUCAAGAAUUGAUCAGGGUGGUUUUUUUUUUUUAAAAAGAAAGAAAAAUAUCAGUGAAAUGUGCUUGGCAACUUGAACAAAGCAUACAGAAGCCUACUGGGGGAUGGGUGUUAUCACUGUAUACCAUUUGUAGCCUGUCAUUAAUUCAGUUAUUUCUAGGUGCCACGUCUAUACCUAUUAAAGAGAAUUUUAGUUUAAUGCUAAUGAAUACUUAACAAAUAAUAUGACUUCUGGUCAAGCCAAAAUAUGAAAGAG